UAAACAAAAUAACCUCAAGGUGUUUGCUAUGUAAACCGAACUUUGAUUUUUCAAAAAUGCCCAAAAGUGCUCGAAAUGUUAAAAGUAAAACUCCAAGAGCUUCUAUUGACGCAAUUGACUGGGAUACGAAACUUAGUAAUCUCAAACUAAACAAUGAUGACUGGAAUAUGUCACUCUCUAUUAUCUCACCUUCAGUCCUAAUUGAGAGUGAAAUAAUAUCAAUCCUGACUGUUGGGGUUAUUAAUGGACAAAGACAACGCUUCACGGUAAUAACAUAUGAGGAUGUUUUAGACCAAAUAGCUGCACAAUGCAAAAAUAAAAAUACGAAAGACGCCCCUGAAUUUUAUGAAGUUUGCAUCCUAGCUAAGAAUUACUUAGAAUCUGUUGGUGAACUGGACUCACAAAUACUGUCUAAAGUUCUAAAGUUUAUCUUCAACAAUUUGAGAGUAGAAGAUCUAAAACAGCAAUCUGCUAAGAAAAAUUCAGUCACGAAACCUAACCGGCCGGAAGAAUCCAAGAAGAAAGAGAAUCCUAAAGAUAAAAAAGCAGGAACUAAAAAUAUUAAACAGUCAGAACCUCCAGUUGCCAAAGAGAAAAGUAAACUUUAUAAGCGUGGAGAAGAAAUACCAGAGGAAAAAUAUCUCGGGGAUGAACCAGAUAAUGGAAUUUCGCGGUAUAUUUUACUUGUUAACUUCGAGAAACUUGGGCUUUUGGAAGAGUUAUGUCGUCUUCACAUAGACAUUCACAGUAUCAUACGCUUACAUGUAAACGAUCAAAAGCAGUUGCAGAUAUUAAUUACUAAACAAAAAGCUGAAAAGAUGUGGGGUUCAAAAGGAUAUGAACAAGAUUUGGAGCAAAUGAGAACUGAGCAGGAAGCAUUAUUGUUAGCAGAAGAACGUUUAAGACAAUACUGGCGUACAACUAGCAUUUUAAUGCGAGAUCAUGUGUACGAUCUUCUUGGAAAUAUUGCCACCUUAGACUAUAAUGUUAAAACAGAAUUACUUCCUGAUGAUUUAAAUGGAACAGAAAAUAGAGCUUCUUUUGGAACUGCAAUGUUCAAUGAAAUAGCUACUAUCCUCUAUGAUCUUAUUGAUUUCAGACGUCAGUGGCAAAAUUAUCUACAGCAUAUAAAAGUUAUUCAGCUGCCUAUAUGCCCACCGCUGUUGGAUGAAAACUCUCCACCAAGUCAAAAUCAAACACUAAGGAUAUCCAAACCAGCACUUAGCUUAAUACCAGAGAGUACGGAUAAAAUUAUAUUGAAGAGUGAAGAAUGCGGAGACAUAUCAUCAGGAGAAGAUUACGUCGACAUGAGGUUUUACAGUGAGGUACUACAAGGAUUACCAGUUGAAAGUACAAGUGUUGAGCUGAUACUGCAUGCAGUACUAGAACAGGUUGCCGCCACAGAGAAUGGGAUUUUACCAAGGAAAAUAUCUAUUGAUGAAAAAGCAAGAACUGAAGGAAUUGAUCCAAAUAUAGCUAGAAAUAUUGCCAAUGAAGUAGACAAAUUAUUAUUAACUGAUGCGGAGAGAACUAUGCUGAGCGAAGAAAUACCACUUCAUAAGAAUUUAAUCAAAUCUCCAUUAAGCACUUCUCCUACUAUCAUAAUGCAUCCAUACGAUGAAAAUCAAUAUAAGCAACUUUUUGCUUCUGGAAAAGUUAAUAACUGCGACGAGCUUAUGAAAUGUGAAUUGGAUUUGUUUACUCGAUUAUUCCCGAAUGUUUUCUGUCAAACAAGUGGAGAAAAAUGUGGUGAAAUAACCUCAGAAUUACAAGGGCCUGAUAAAGACCACUUAGAAGAGGAUCAAGCAAUUGAAGAAAACUUAAAGAAAAUGAAAGAUGUGCGAUUUUGUCAAAUUCUACGAUUUGCUGAAAAGUAUGGUUUUACUGAAGAAGAAUUUAAGCAUUACUUUAACAAACUUCAGUUAGAGGGCUUAGAUGUGUGGAGAGUGUAUUCAGCAGGAAAGAAAUUCCGACAGUCUUUAGAAGUGAUGCAGCCGCUAGGAUUAUCAUGUGGAACACUAGCAGAAAAUCCAGUCAACAAUGUAUUGGUUCAGUCAUUUGGUGAUGAUUGUAACAAAGAUAAAAAUAAUGAUGAUCAAAUUACACCGAGAGUAAUUCCACUCGAUGAUCCUUACCUACUGUAUGAAAGUUUGUCAAACUUAUUUAUUAAAAUUGAAUACGAAAUCAGUCAAUUGUCAAAAUCUUCCACAGAAAAAGAGGGCGGUCAAGAACAACAAUCUUCUUCAACUGCAUCCUUUUCAGUUAAUUCUUCAAUGUCUUCAUUGUUUCCUAAGAGGCGUAGCCGGUCUGUUUCAUCAGCAUCUUCAUCAGUAAACCAGAGAUCUCCAACAUCAUCUAGACAGAGCAAUAGUACUAGAACAAAAAGUGAAUCACGUAAAUCUCAAACGUCAGCUGAAACAGGCACUGAAUCAAAGUCAACUACGGGUAGACGAAGUUCAUCAGCAGUUCACUUUGAUUUACCGUCAGCAAACAGUAAAGGCAUAAAUUGUGAAAACAGAGAAAAGAAGAAUAGAUUUAGCAAACUCACUUUGUUCGCUCAGGAGUUACAGGAGUUAUUAAAACAACUGCAAGACAACAAUCAGAUAAUAAUGGUUUCUGGUAAUGAGAAAGAGAAAUUCAGUCCGAUAGAUUCAUGCGCAACGUGCACUGUAAUAUCAGAGAACUUUGGCACACUGGUAGAAGAAGCAAGAAAUAUACAUUUAAAUGAGUGGUGUAUAGAAGAGAGGUUAAGCCCGCAUAUACUACUCCAGAGACUGCAUUUCUUAAAUUAUGAAAGACCUCAUUUGGAUGUCUAUAAACGUCGUCACGAUGAAAGUUUAUUGAUUGUAUCACAUCAUCCGUUUGACAGAUCUAUCCGUUCAAACCAUCACACAUGGUCUAGUUGGUUCCAUGUUAACGGGAUAGGCUUUCGACCAUAUCUACAGUUGAUUGAAUCACAUAUUAGAAACUGGACAAGAGAACAAGAGGCACUUUAUGAAGCAGCUAAGCUAAGUGCUGAAAUCUUACAAGAUGAUACAAGAAUUGAUACUCCAGUUGGAGAGAUCCAGUCAAAGACAGAGAAGAAGACAUCUCCUAAAUCUAAAAAAGUCAAUAAAUCAAAACGUACACGCUCUACCAGUGGGUCGGAAUCUGAUGCAAGCAUUACACCUGGUGAUGCAAAGUCCCUGUUGGGAGAUCCUAACGAGUUUAUCUUUCCUGGAUCACUCAAAGCACUACAAAGAGAACAGGAACUUAUAAAGCUGAAAAAAGAAACUGAAGAACGUCAGAAAGAAGAAAAACGCAUUAAGUCAGCUAAAAAACGGACAGAGAAAGAAGCUACUCAAACACAGAAAAAGGAAUCAUCAGGAAAACGUAAUAAAUCACCUAGCCCGAAGUCACCAAUACAGAAGAGUAACACAGAUGAUGAUACAAAUCAAGUAGAACAUCUAAAGCCUAGACAAAGUGAUUCUGAAUUUUGGCCAUUUAUAGGCUAUGAUAUUUCCAACAUAUUGCCACAUUUAACCGGAGAAGUGACUCAUAUGUUCCCCACGGAUGGUGGUACAAUAAAAACGCAAAGAAGUGAAAUACCAACAGGUGGAUCAAACUUGCGGGUUAGUCUUAUGAAAGACGGUCAUGUGUUCACAAUCCACAAGGCUGAUGGUCCACCAGAGCCGAACAUUCCUUAUAAAAAAUCAAAUGAAACUGACUUUGUCGGUGAAGAAAACGAGAGUGCUGCAAAUCAAUUCAAAUCAAAUGACAUCAUACAAGAAGACUGUCAUGAUCAUGAUGCUACGAAGAAUCCUGUAUUACCAGAGUUAUUUAGUUCAGUUACUGCCUGCUUUUCUGAUGGUAUUUGCCUUGCUGUAUGUAGAAUGAACAAUAUGGCUUCGAACUCUCAGACACAGCUAGACCACAUCAAUCUGCAGUGCAAAACUAAUAAUAUCAACAAUAAUUCGAAUAUUCCCGUGAACAGUAUUCCUGUUAACAUUAACAACAAAGUUGGUCCUAUUCACAUAGAAGAAUGUGGGGAAAAUAUACAGACGAAUCAGUUUAAACAAUUCAUCCAUCUUUCUACACCGGACGGGGCGCAGAUAUCUGUAUAUCAUGAUGUCAGCGAAGAUUCGGAUCCAGUUGCUGAAGAAAGUAAGAAAGAAGGAAAGGAGGUUGGUAACACUCAAGACGAUGAAUGUACAGUCAAUGAUGAACAAAAUAAUUCAUCCUCAAAAUCUUUUCAUGGGACGCUUUUAAAGUUAUUGUCAUCCAUUAAUUCGAAUCCUAAUACUAUUAACAGUGAUGGCACGUACAUGAACUCUUCAAAAAUGAAAUCAGAUAAAGAAUAUGAACUGACACGUUUUAUCACAUCAGAUGGCAUAGUGAUACAAGUCUUGAUGCCCGGUUGUACAUCAUCUGCUUCAACAGCAUUAAAAAUAUUGUAUCCUGAUGGUGCAAUUAUGGAACGAGGUACAGCUGUUGCAGAAGAAUUAAGAAGAACUGAAAAUCCAAACUUUUCACAUGAUGAACAGGAAAUUAACAUCCAUACAGAGACUGUGAUACCAAAUGCAUUGCAGGUUAAUCCAGUCCACCCACAAAAGGCAUCUGCUAGGAAAAAGAGUGCUAAAAAGAAAGUAGAAGAGAAAAAACCUGAAGAUGAUGUUCCCGCAUUGGCUGCAACAGAAAAUGCAAUGUUUGUAACUCCAUCCACUACGUCAAGGUCAACAACUGAUGAUCCAGAUGAGGAUUUACCUUGGCUUGUUACUCUUUUGUCCGGUGAACGUUUUUGGUUUAAAUUAGCAAAGUCUUGUCAACGUAAUGAAAAGUCAGUCGAGGAUACACCCACUACAAAUACAUCAGCAUUCAGGUCGCAAGAGUCAGUGACCUUAGAUACACCUAGUUCAAAACGCUCAGCUGAUACAAUCAAGUAUGAAAUAAUUCCUAGCAAAUCAAUGGAAUCAUUUCGAGCUUAUGAUCCUGCUACUGGUGAGACAUUGUAUACGCGUCCUGAAGAUGGAAUGAUUGCUGUAGAACCUCAUCCAGACAGUCCAUUUAAACUAAUAAUUCAACACUCUGAUGGAACUCGGAUAACACAACUCUUAUUAAUAUGUGAUAAUGAAAAAAUGACUGAUAGGUCGAAUAAUGAGUUUUUACACUCUAAUUUAAACAAGCCACAAAUAUUUAUUCGUGUAGAAUGUGUUGGAUUUCCAGCUGUUGUUCUUAAUAAGUCAACUGGAGAGUUUGAGAUAUCAUUAUUCGGUAAAAGCCAGUUCUCAUCAACAUUUCAUUCCAAUCCAAGAGGAUAUCAUUUGUUACAUCAAUCACAGGAAAUUAUUGAAUUAAAUGAGCCAACUGUUUACGAAAUGCAUUAUAAUGACAAUGAAAGUUUAUUGGACUGCGUUGAUCCACAUAAAAAUGUGUACACAGUUGACAAUUGGGCAAACUGUAAUGUUCUUUUGACUGUGAGUGGUAAAAGGCAUCCACUAGAAGAACUCGAUUUUGAACCAAAUCAGGUCAAUUCCACUGAAUUAACCAGUGAUCAAAGUGAGCAACAAGUUCAAGAUCCACUGAAGUUAAAUUCUUCGGGAAAGGAGAAUGUUAACAGUGAUCGGAUGAAUGAAUCAAAAACUGAAGAAUCAACUGACAGAUCUCGCUGCCUACAUGACGAACAUAUACCACGAUUAUUUUAUUACAAUCCUGAAAAACAUAUAGUCAGUGAACUGCUGCACUUCAAAGAAUUUGAUUGUUUGCUUCAAAAAGCAUACGGUAUCCAGGCUCCUCAUCACAAUGUAGCGGCACUAUCAAUCCAAGAAAAACUGGCUUAUAUGAAUAUGAAAAAGCAAAAGUUAGUUUCAUCAGACAUCAAAUCUUCAAACGAAGCUCUGUUCUUGAAAGAAGCAUUGCAGAGUAAUCCAAAGAUUUACGGUCUAAUAUUGAUGCAACCAUUGACCACCAGUGACAUGAGUAAAUAUUAUGUUCAAGAAAAUAUUAUUCCAGAAGGUUUAAGCAGUCAUGAUUUUCAAUUACUAACACGCCCAUCUAAUUUGAUAGUGAAUUCAGAUUUACCGAAAUUCGGUGAAAGAGCUGGUAAGGGCUUGGACAUUAUUCAGCCUACAUUGGAACAUCUUGGUUUAAAGAUCCCGGAGACAAAUGUCACCCUAUUACCAUUACAGAAAAGCAAGACACUCAACCGUCAAAGUCGAAAAUUAAUUAAUUCUCAUCAAUCGCUUCAUAUGAAUGUUCGACAGUUUACACAAUAUCCUAUGAUAACACCAGAUAUUACACAACGUAUUUUAGGUGUAUUAUGUGCUUAUACAGAACACUACCUGAAUCGUUUAAGUCAGUGGUGUAAACAACAACCACUCAGACUAUCGGAAGUAAUGCAGCCAGAAUGUGAAUUAUUUUUUAGUUCUACAUCAACAGUUACAGAUGGAUUAUCUGGAGAUAAGCAGACUGCCAACCAGUUAGAAAGUGAAAAUGCUGCAGACGUAUCCACUUCUCCAAUACAACAGACAGUCAUCAACCAAGAAAUUCGUCAGCCUACAUUCCAUAUUUCACCGGCGAGACAAGCAGCAUUCGAAGCAUUACGUCAGGAGCUUGAAAAAGCUAUGAGAGAUAGAGCAGCAUUGAGAAGUACUCAUAUUCCCAAUUAUUUUCGAUCUAAAGAAGGUAUUGGCUUCCUUUUGUCACAGGUUCCUGACGUUAAAAAACUCGCUAAAUUUGUUCCAGAAUUAAAUAAUCCAAAUCAAAACGUCACGAAAACUGAGAAAUCAACUUUAACAGAGCAAUCUAUUCCAACUUACGAUUCACCUCCGAAAAUUGCCAGUCCGUUAUUGAGAACAUUAGAAACUGACAAGAUGACGGAAAUUGAAACCGUAGGAAAAACUCACAAGUCCAAUACUGAUCGACUGGUGAUGAGUAAAGCGAACAUAACUGAUGAAAGAAACAACUUCAGUAAACAAAUAAUGAAUACUGUUCCAGAUGCUGACAUUAAGACAGCCGUAACAAGAACAUCUAAAAGAAAUUGUUUCUACUAUUAUGAUACUGAUCCGACGGAGAUUGAACUGUAUAAUCACCAAACCUCCCAAGUCCCUUUAGACUCUGUAGCUCUAGCUAGAAGAAAAAGAAUUCGAGUACCAAACAUUCUGUACGCCAAGCGCCCAAGUUUAAACAAAUUUACUUAUAAUUCAGACAUAAACAUUCAACAGGCAUUGGUUGAAGAUCCUGUGCGCCGACGAGUCCUGUUCACAAGUAUUAUUGGCGGUCCUCCAUACGGUCAGAUUUCACUACGACGAAUGCGCGGAAUACGCUUAACACCAAAUCGUAUAAAUGUUGGUACAUUACAGUGUGGAUCAACGCGUAACUUUUCCGUGAAGUUAGUGAAUUGGGGUCCUGAGACUGCGCACUUUCGAAUUAAACAGCUUCCUAUUCAUAGUGGCAUACGUGUUUUCUAUGCUCCAGGACCUAUUCCUGCAGGAUUAUCUCGGCAGGUGGUAAUAGAAGUAUCAAACCAAAUUCAACGUCACUUAGAAGGGAAUUCAUCUGACCAGAAUUAUGAUCACAAUAGCGAUCAAAAUGAGGCAACUGAAUUCAAGAAAACAACUCAGUCUUAUAUAAGAUGGAGUUUCAGUGAAAAAUCCUAUCAGAGUUCUGAAGAUAACGAAAAUAAUGACGAUGUUAGCAACGGCAAUGCGAAUAAAGGUGCUAAUUCGAAUACACGUGUUCAAAUAUUUUCAGAGCGUUUACAAAUAACCACAGAUACUCAUAUAAUGUAUCUGUUAAUUACUGGACGUCGGGUUAAAAUUAUGAAUUCAGAAGAAUCUUCAAUCAUUAAUGUCAAUGAGGAGGCAAUCAAACCACAGUUGAUUCCACUCUUAAGAUCAUAAAAAUGAAACAGUUAUGUGAAGCAAAAAGUAAACAGUUGCAUAGGAAAACUGGCUAAUAAAACAUUUUGUUAAUCCACU